GGGAAUUUCGAGUGGCAGCGGCGCGCGGGAGACCAGUGGAUAGGGGACCCUCUACCCUUUUUAGGGGAGGCCAUGGACUCCCUAGUCGAGCCCCGGUGGCCUCCGGGCCUGGCAGUCAUGAAGAUGGACGCACAUCUGUCUGACUUUGCAGAUGGCCUGCCUCUUCCCCUCCUUCUGCUGUCACUGGCGCCAGCUCUUUUCAGGGCUUCCUCAUCUGGCUCUACCGUGUAGUACCGUACAGUACCGAGCAGAAAGCACUGGACUGACGGCCAGUAGACCGGAAGUUUUGUCCUGGCUUGACUCAUGUGCUGUGAGCCUGCUCUGGAUACAAGUUUACUCAUUUGUGAAACAAUAGAUGAUUUGCUGCGCUGUGGGAUUUGCUUUGAAUAUUUCAACAUUGCAGUGAUGAUUCCUCAGUGUUCACAUAACUACUGUUCUCUUUGUAUAAGAAAAUUUCUGUCCUAUAAAACACAAUGUCCAACUUGCUGUGUGACAGUCACAGAGCCAGACCUGAAAAAUAACCGCGUAUUAGAUGAACUGGUAAAAAGCUUGAAUUUUGCACGGAAUCAUCUGUUGCAGUUUGCCUUAGAGUCACCACCCAUCUCUUCUGCUUCCUCCUCUUCAAAGAACCUUGCUGCCAAAGUGCAUACUUCUGUAGCCUUCAGACAUUCAUUAAAGCAAGAAAGCAUGCUAAUGGAGAGUUUCUUGAUUAGAGAAGCUGGUGGUUCUGUGUCAGAGUUGUUGAUAAAAGAGAAUGAAAGCAAAUUCAGCCCUCAAAAAGAGCUGAGCUCUUCUGCAAAGACCAGAGGGACACCUUCCAUAGAAAAGUCAGCUCCAGGUUUCUCAGAUGCUAGUGUUCCUGAGACACCCUCUACAUCAGCCUUGAAACAAGUUACUAAAGUGGAUUGUCCUGUUUGUGGGGUUCAUAUUCCAGAAAAUCACAUUAAUAAGCACUUAGACAGCUGUUUAUCACGUGAAGAGAAGAAAGAAAGCCUCAGAAGCUCUGUUCACAAGAGGAAGCCGCUGCCCAAAACUGUAUAUAACUUGCUCUCAGACAGAGAUUUAAAGAAAAAGCUAAAACAGCAUGGAUUAUCUGUUCAAGGAAAUAAACAACAGCUCAUUAAAAGGCACCAAGAAUUCGUACACAUGUACAAUGCCCAGUGUGAUGCUUUGCAUCCUAAAUCAGCUGCUGAAAUCGUUCAAGAAAUUGAAAAUAUGGAGAAGACUAGGAUGCGUCUUGAAGCUAGUAAACUCAACGAAAGCAUAAUGGUUUUUACAAAGGACCAAACAGAAAAGGAAAUAGAUGAAAUUCACAGUAACUAUCGUAUAAAACAUCAGAAUGAAUUUCAGCGUCUGGUGGAUCAAGCCAAAAAAGGAUAUAAGAAAACUGUUGGAAUGUCAAAAAAAAAAGUAACAAAAGAAGAAGGUGAAUCUACAGAAAAGCUAUUAUCUGUAUGCGUGGGACAGGAAGAUAAUAAAAUGAAAUUCUCAGAUAUGCCCUCAGUAACAAACCACUUCCUUCAGUCAAAGCUGGACUCCCCAGGGAAACUAGAGCCUGACAGACCAGAUGAUUCUUCCAGUUGUACUGAUAUUCAAGAGGAAGCUCUUUCUUCACCAGAGUCAGAUUCAUGCAAUAGGUAAGAAACUUGCAGUAGUU